CGGAAGAAGAGGAGCAAGCAUGAAGAAGAGACGUAAAGACUGAACCAGAGUGGACACACAGAAGCCAUACCAGGACAGCAGACAAAGCGGCCAACUGACACCAACGGGCCAUGGGUUCACAGCAUCUUGGCCUGUUUUGUUGUAUGAUGAUCUGCUCUUGUGAAGGGCUGACAGGUAGGAGUUCCCUGAGCCCUUACAUCCGCCACUACGAGGGCCUGUCGUAUGACCGGCCGGGGGUCCACCGCCAGCAUCACCUGCUGACCAAGAGAGCAACGGCCCCGCAUCAGGACCGCGCACUGCAGCUGAACUUCACCGCCUUCCACAGAGAGUUCCGGUUGCGGUUGAGGCGGGACACAUCAGGGUUCUCAGAGGAGUUCAAGGUGGUGGACGAGAAGGGGGCCAUCACAGUCAACCUGUCUCACUUAUACUCAGGAACUCUUGAGGGUGAGCAGGAUGCGUCCUGCCACGGCUCCCUGCUCCUGGGUCAGUUCGAGGGCUCCGUGCGGACCAGCAACGGGACGUACCACAUAGAGCCGCUCCAUCGUUACACCAGCCGGCCGGACGACCACCACUCCAUCAUCUACCAUGAAGACGACAUGGUCCUCCCGUCAUUGGGGGCCGCUCCCAGUGGAUUCUGUGGUGCCGAGGGUCUGCAGCGCCACGCCCAGGAGCUCGGCCCGGAAGAGGGGGCACCAGUGAACCGGUCCAGGAGAACCGUGGAUGAGUUCAAGACCACUUGCAUGCUGCACCUUCAGGCCGACCACCUGUACUUCAAGAAGUUCAAAUCGGUCGAGGCUGUGGUGGCUCAGGUGUCUUCAUUCAUACGAGCCGUGAAUGAUAUCUAUGACAAGGUGGACUUUGAGGGAAUCAAGCUGAUCAACUUCAAAGUGAAGUCCCUCACUGUGAUCACCGAGGGGGACGUGGACGACCCUCUGCAACGGCUCUUCCUCGGCCCCGAGAAGCUGCUGAGUCUGUACUCUGAGAGCGACUGGGGGAACUACUGCCUGUCCUACCUGCUCACCAACCGAGACUACAGCGGCGUGCUGGGUCUCGCCUGGGAGGGGAAGGCGGGCAACUGGGGAGGGAUUUGUUCCCAGCACACCACCCUGCGGGACGGACGCCAGUCCAGCCUGAACACCGGCCUGGUGACGCUGCAGAACUACGGCAUGUACCUGCCCCCCCGCCACUUCCAGCUCACCCUGGCUCACGAACUGGGACACAGCCUGGGCGCGCCGCACGACGAGGGAUCCAACUGUGGAACGCUGGGUUCCAGAGGCGGUAAAGGCCGGUACCUGAUGUUCCCCCAGGCCACGGAAGAGGUGCGGGAGAACAACGAGAGGUUCUCCCCCUGCAGCAUAAAGCACAUCAGCAUGACCCUCAGGCUCAAGAAGGACGACUGCUUUGUGGUGAGUGGGCUGCCCAUUUGUGGGAACCACAUAACGGAGGACGGGGAGGAGUGUGACGUGGGCCACAGCUCCUCGGACCUCUGCUGCUACAGCGCCAUCGAGGCGGUGGGCCGCCAGUGUCGUCUGAAGCCUGGUCAAAUCUGCAGCCCCAGCCAGGGCCUGUGCUGCGGACAGGCCUGUGGGUUCAAGCCAGCUGGGGAGAGCUGCGAUGAGGAAACCGAGUGCCAGAGAGAAAGUGUGUGUACAGGCCUCUCCCCGCUCUGCCCGGAGCCCGCCCCGAAGGAGAACUUCACAGUCUGUCGUCUCAACACCCGUGUUUGUCUCAAUGGGCAAUGUGCUGAGUCUCUGUGCGUGAGGCACGGCCUGGAGCAGUGUGACUGCCCUGGGGUCUCCAUGAAAGAGAAGUGCCAGAUGUGCUGUCAGCAGCCAGACAAGCCUGACACCUGUGCCAGCACCACCUCCUCCGUGCUGUCCCGGUACUUUGAGAGACGGACGGUGACCCUGUUGCCGGGGUCCCCAUGCGCAGAGAACCAGGGCUACUGCAACAAGUUCCAGGUGUGCCAGCUGCUGUACGCCGACGGCCCCAUCGCCAGGCUGAAGAACUCCUUCCUCCACCUGGAUGACUUUGACGAUCCCACCGAGUGGAUGAAGGCCUACUGGUGGGCUAUUCUCCUGGCCCUGCUGCUGCUCUCUGCUGUGAUGGGUUGUAUCAUCUGCGUCUGCCACCGCACCCUUGACAUCAGCAACGUGGUCACCAGCAACACGGAGAGCGCUCACUUGCCUAAGCACUAGAGCUAAGAACGCUGCUUCCCUUAACCCUGUUUGAUGUGAGACCGUAGCAAUGCAAUAAAGGUCAACUAUUCCACCUCCGCCGCGACUAACCUGGACCGAGACCUGCACCUUUCUGACGGGUCGGUGCCCAUUUGGUUCCCUACGUCACUCUAACGCCUGGAGGGACAAGUAGUCCCUCUGUGGACACUGUCAACAAGAGGGUGAAGCGUCACUGGAUGCAUGUCCAUGUGGAAAACAAUGUUUUACUCCUGCCAAGAGUGCUCUGGCUCUCUGCCUAGUUGGGGGAGGUCUGCAUGCCACUGUCUUCAUAGCGACUGGUCGAUUUAGGUUUAGAGCCAUCUGGCCAUACUCCGCUCCAUGGGACUCUCCUCUACACACUGGACUCUGUUUGCUCCCGAGGGCAGAGUCCAGUCUUCAGGCCCAGCCUUGCUCCUCAGCCUUGCUGGUCUCCUUCUCUAGCCACAGGAACAGGAGAAGUCCCGUAGAGAAUGGUGACCAACUGGACUCCACUCUGACUCUGAUCCACGUUGCCAGUAACAAGAUGACAUGUUGCUAGUAGACAUUUUGGAUGUUCUGCGCUACACUGCUGUGCAUUAGCUUCAAUAAAGCUACAACAUGAUCCUGAGAAAGUGUUUGGAUAUCUGCUCGGUCGACCUGACACAGAGAUGUCAGGCCUUAUCUUCUGAGAUAAGUGGUGCACUUGUUGGUUACCAAUGGAAAUCACAGGCUCGAGAUGACCGUAACAUUAUAGAUUUGGUUUAUUCCAAGUAUUUACAGGGAAAAAAUGAAAUAUUUACAAGUAGGUACAUUCGACUUCUUUGUGUCGUACAAAAAGUAACAAAGUGCAGUAAUAUCUGCCCCGGUGUAACAGUGUGAGUAUUUCCCUCUUCAUUAAGCACUUUAAAAAAGUUAUGGAAUUCAAAUUAAGUUCAGUACUGAUCACUAUUGGGCCAUAGUUUAGUUAAAUGCUCCCCUUUCCAUUCAUUAAAUAAAAUCAUGUUUGGAAUAUUGAGUUAUAGAAUAUUAGACCAUUAAUCAUAUAACAAUUAUUGUCACAAAUCAUUUAAAUCAACUCGAAUAUCAUCUCCUAUGCAAUUACAACACAAUUUUACAAUUAAAGCUAAUUCAAUCAAUAAGCUAAAUUAUGUCACAGUAGUUGGACAAAGGCUGGGUAAAUAUCAGGAACUGACAAAAAAAACUGAAGGUUUCCAGCUUCAAAACAAAACAAUAUGCUGACCAGUACCAAUGUUAGUACCAUCAAAAAUACCUCAUAAAUACCAUGCAUGGAGACCAUCUGACAAGAAUUAACUGUGCAAAAUGUAUCUGACGGCCAUGCAGCGGCAAUAAAGCUCUUGGAUAUGAGGCACCUCCUCUAGCAACAUCUGGCAAAGGUUUACAUUAAGGCACACAAACAUUUUCCUCAGCGCCACAGGGCUGGGAAGGACAGUGGUGAAUGCUCUGAUCCCGUCGGGUCAAAGAUAAAAACGAAGAAUGUCAGUGUGGAGAGGUGUUACUACCUGUGCCCACUGCGGAAACGACCACAGGAAGAACCUUCUUUAAUGUCCGUAUAUACCCUGACUUUACAACGUUUCCAUCUGUGGUCAAUUUAACUAUUAAGCUGGUCUUACUCAAUAGAUGUCAGCAGGAGGGAUUAUAUGUUCUUAGGUGUCCCCUCGUAAAAAGAAUAACAAAAUAAUUGGAUUUGGGAAAAAUUCCACUGAAAUGGUAUAAAACUACCCUUUUACACAGCAGGGAAACAAUAUGUACCGUGCGUUAUGUAUCCAUCAUCACACUAGGACUAACACUCGUUCUUGUAAAACAAGCAUGACAAACAUGGAGGCCUACUGAAACAGCUCAGUGCUUCCACUCAGAAAAACUCUGACAAACAGGUUCCUACGUAGCAACAGGG